UUUUCAUUUCUCACAGUUAUACUUCAAACCUCUGCUGUGCGAAAAUGGUCUUUCAGGUGCUCAUUUGUUUCAAUAAAAAUAAUAAACCGCUUCUAGUGGCAGAAGAUGAGACCACCUUUCAAAACACCACUAUUUUGGAUCUGAAGAAGAAAUUAAAAAUAAAGAUCCCUGGCGCACCAGAUCCAGACGAUGUCAGGGUUAUCUUCGGAAAAUACCCUUUGGAGGACAACCGGACACUUUCUCAUUACAACAUUAAGCAUUUAUCCUUACUUUUAAUUGUUUUGAAGAUGCCUGGUGGAGAUGUGUGUUCAUGCAAACAUGGAUCUUGAAAACACUCUGGACUGAAAGGUCUUCUGACUUUGAAGUCGUCUGAUGCUAUAUACUGUAUAUUAGUGAUGAUUUACUCCCUCCGAUGUGAUUUAAUUGUAAAUGAAUUGUUUAUACUCUAGACAGUUCCUUCAAAAUGUACCAGAAAGCAAUGCUUAAUUUAGAAAAAGUAUUUUGUACAGUGGUAAUGCAUUGCAUGACAUGGGUUGUGAUUUGUACAUACUAAUGAACUGGAACGCUCGUAACUUAAGAACAUUUUAAGAUAAUAAUGAACAUGGAACAUAAAAUGUCCUCUGAAAGUUUCAUUUAAAUGAAGAGGAAUGCAGCAGCAGUG